GAGGCGCCCCCUGCUGACGCCGCCCUUCAGGGUAACUGCGCAGAGCCCAAUCCCAAGCUGGCCAAAAAUGGGGCAAAUCAGCUGCGCAAAGCUGCAGAGCAACAGGACUGCAACAAAAACACAACUGGGGGCAGUGAGGGUGGAGACAGCCAUGGGGGCGGGGAAAAACCAUGGGGAAGGGCGGGGGCAUUAUCUCUAUGAAGUCAGAGGAUGGGGAGAACCAAGCUCCACCCAGGAGGAGCAAAACUUCCCCAGAUCAUUCCUCCGAGGACCCCGCAGAGGAGGACCCUGCAGAGGAGGAUCCCGCUCUAACGCCGCUACUCCCCCUACCCCCCAAGCUCCCCAGUCCAGAGUGUGCCCCCUUGCUGUCGGAGACCUCCACCUCAUCCAGCCCCGAAGCCAAGAAGGAUCAGCCCAAGACGGGGGCUAAGACAGACUGCGCCCUCAACCGCAUCCAGAACCUGGUGCCCAGUGAGGAGGAUUCCAGCUGGACAACGCUGUCCCACGACAGCGCCUCCCCUGCCUCCCCGGAGGAUCCGGACGUCUGGAGUGAGCAGUCCUUCCAGACAGACCCAGACCUGCCCCCUGGAUGGAAGAAGAUCAACGACAUGGCGGGAAUCUACUACUGGCACAUCCCCACGGGGGCCACGCAGUGGGAGAGACCCGGUGCUAGGCCAGGGUCCCCAUCCCCGCUACCCCCCGGGCGGCAGGACGCCAGCAGGGCCUCCGUCAGCUCCCCCACCCCUUCGUCGAGUUCCGAGAACGAGAAAAAGCCGUGGAGUGAAUUUGCUCUGCUCAGUGGGGGAAAGAUUGAUAGUGAGGUCUGGAAGGACCUGCAGGAGGCGACGGUCCACCCCGACCCAAGCCUGAAGGAGUUCGAAGGCGCCACUUUGCGGUACGCCUCUCUCAAGCUGCGGCAUCCAGCCCCGGCAGAUGAGGAGGACCCACGUGUGGUUAGCAGAAGCCCAGAAGCUAAGAGCUUUGCUGUGCGCUCCCUGGGCUGGGUGGAGAUGGCAGAGGACGACCUGGCACCGGGCAAGAGUAGUGUGGCCGUCAACAACUGCAUCCGACAGCUGUCCUACUGCAAGAAUGACAUCCGGGACACUGUGGGCAUCUGGGGGGAGGGCAAAGACAUGUACCUGGUGCUAGAGAACAACCUGCUGAACCUGAUGGACGCCAUGGACCGCACUGUGCUCCACUCACAGCCCAUCGGCAGCAUCCGCGUCUGGGGCGUGGGCCGAGACAACGGCAGGGACUUCGCAUAUGUGGCGAGAGACAAAGACACUCGGAUACUAAAAUGUCACGUGUUCCGGUGUGAUACCCCCGCCAAGGCCAUCGCCACCAGUCUCCACGAAAUCUGUUCCAAGAUUAUGGCCGAACGCAAAAAUGCCAAAGCUGUGGCCAGCGGGUCCGCCCAGGCGGGAGCCGAUGUUCCUCUCCAAGCAGAGUUCCCCACACCAAAGACGGAGCUGGUGCAGAGGUUCGAGGUGCUGUACCUGGGCAUGAUGCCUGUGGCCAGACCCAUAGGAAUGGACAUCCUCAACGGGGCCAUAGACAGCCUGAUGGCUUCCUCCGGGAAGGAGGGCUGGACGCCCGUCAUCCUGAAUGUGGCCGAUGCCACGGUCACCAUCAUGAAGGAGAAGGAGGACGAGGAGGUGCUGGUGGAGUGCCGCGUGCGAUUCCUCUCCUUCAUGGGCGUCGGCCACGACAUCCACAACUUCGCCUUCAUCAUGGACUCGGGCAGCCGCCACUUUGAAUGCCACGUGUUCUGGUGCGACCCAAACGCGGGCAGCGUGUCAGAGGCCGUGCAGGCGGCAUGCAUGCUUCGCUACCAGAAAUGUUUGGUUGCCCGGCCACCACCGCAGAAGGCCUGCUCGACGGCGCCCCCCCCUGACUCCGUCACCCGGCGUGUGACCACUAGCGUGAAGCGGGGGGUGCUGUCCCUCAUUGACACUUUAAAACAGAAGAAGCCUGUCCCGGAACUGCCUCAGUAGGGGGCAGAAUAACCUCAGGACAGCGACUGAAGGUGAUGACUGUAUUAAUGACGGCAUACAUAAGCGGCAGUGAUUAACUGCAUAACAGGACUUCGGUGACGAAAACCGUCUUGUAUGUGAUGAACCAAAGGGUGCACAUGUAUGGUGUCACCUGCCACCUGUCUGUUCUCGGUAACUCCGCCUUCGCAGCUUCUUCCUGGCCUAUGGGCCUGCCCUUCAGUGUAUGUGGCCACACCCACUCCCAUCUGGCCACACCCACUCCCAUCUGGCCACACCCACCCACCCUUACAUGUCACACGAUGGAAGUGCAUGACCACGUGUUAAAAGGGACUUCAUUUCCGCUUCUCUUAUAUACUGGAUGUCCUGUGUAGCGCAGUCUCUCCUGUCCCUCAUCGUUACCUGACUGAGUCGUACGGCCUUCUGCAGCAUGACGCCGUUGCUUUAAUACGGCGGCGCCUUCACUCCACCAAAGUCGAGACGUCUUCAAACUCUGUCCGUCGGCUUCUCCGCAGCGCACCUCGAGUCUCUCCCUUUGUGACCCCGUAUGUCCUGAGCGGGGUGCAGUGCCUGUUUCGGUUGUGGACGCGUCCCUCGUCGGUCAGGACGCCGGCACAGCGGUGAACACUGAGACGGCCAGCUGGGUUUUCCCCACAUCCAACUGGGGGGGGGAGGAAUCCACACACAUCAGACGUGGCGUCUGUCAGCAUUUUAAUCCGGUGUCUUUUAUUUCGAUCUCACUGGUGUGUCUGGUGUCUUUGAACGGGAAAGACCACUGUGCUGCAUCUUUGGGAGUCUCCCUUCCGUCACGUGCGGCUGUAUCCAAUGUCCGUUAAUAUGAACUGUCACAGGUUUUAUAAAAAAAAAUACACUUGGAGAAACCGUUUCAGUUUUGCCGCCGCGUUAACAAUCCCCAUCUCGUUCACCCCCAUCUUCCCUGGAUGAAAAAUAGGUCAGCGGCAACCAUUUGUGUGAAUAUAUAUAUAUAUAUAUAUGUGUAUAAACAUAUGAUUUUUCCAUACAUUUAUCACUUUAUAAGCCAUUUUUAAUUAUGUAUUUUGUCUCUUUAAAAAGCAUUUGGACACAUUGUUGAACACUUUAUCCUUGCCAAAGUUCACACCCUCAAUGUGCGUGUUGUGUGUGUGUGUGUGUAUAUAUAUAUAUAUAUAUAUAUAUAUAUAUAUAUAUAUAUAUAUAUGGGGGAGGGAAAAAUCGCAUCUGGUUUCAUUUGACUGUGGAUUGGCCAAUUAGGUGUCGUGACACUUAGAUGUUAACGAAUCGUGAUCUAUGCAUUAUUCUUAGCCUUUUCAUUUCUCAAAGGCAGGUGCCUAGCUGUAGCUUGCCUCGCAUGUCCUGGGACAAAAAAAAAAAAAGGUCCAGUUUUUUAAAGAUGUAUUUAUUCGGUUUUAUAUGAAAAUGUCACGUUUUCGCUGUUUAUUCCUGUCUGGCGUUUUGCUCAGCCGUACCGACGAAUUAGCCGGUAGUGAUGAAAGCCUUUGUCUAAAUCUGUAUCGGCCUUCUGAGGAAAACGGACUCAGGGAUAAAACGAAUUUAAAGACGUUUCUGGCCCGAGGAUUCAGGUGGGGUUACGGAAACAGUCCUCGUGGCCAGAAAGGACUGUGGAUAGAAACAAGGGGAAAAAAUACUAUGUGAUAAAACAUAUCAAAACAUUGGUUUGAUGCUCAGAUACUCUCGGGCAGGGGGGGCUUUUCGUCACAUUUGAAGGUUCAUCAUCUGCUUUUUUUGGGGGGCUGGUUACACGCAAAAAAAUGGCCUAAUGUUGAGUCCCCAGGAAGUUUCACUACAGGCAGUGUUAAUUCUGUAAUAUAUUUCUGUUCCAAACAAGAAGUAAAUCUUCGUAUUGUUUGAAACCAGCUGAACCAGCAGUGACAUCAUAUCUUCAGACUGCAGAACAAAGCCACGUUGGACCCUGUACCAGCUGGCUGUACCCGUGACUAAACCUAAGACUUGGCUCCUCCGCGCCCCCUACUGUUCUGAUGUGGUAGUGCGGCUGGCUCACUUCAGAAAGCCCAUGCUACGGACGCACGGUCGCGCAGAGUGGAAAGCGACAGGCAUGUCUGAUGUUCACUAACUUCCCGCUGUCUAAAUGUAACCUGUUGUGAGAAUAAAGUGCAUAUUAAAAACCUCA